CCCUGUUUUAACGGAGGAACUUGUGUGAAUGUAAAUCAACAAUCUGCUUUUAUGUGUUCUUGUCUUCCUGGUUUCAUUGGAACAAGAUGUGAACUCUCAGCCUCUCCAUGUAGUUCCAAUCCCUGUUUUAACGGAGGAACUUGUGUGAAUGUAAAUCAACAGUCUGCUUUUAUGUGUUCUUGUCUUUCUGGUUUCAGUGGAACAAGAUGUGAACUGUCAGUUCUACCCUGUGACUCAAGUCCUUGCCAGAAUGGAGGUUUGUGCCAAGAUGUUAACAUGCAAACAGAAUUCGUUUGUGCUUGUCAGAUGGCAUUCUCCGGAACAGUCUGUGAAAUAGACAAUCCCUGUUAUCCAAAUCCAUGCCUCCGGGAAGGGAUUUGCUCACCUAUGCCUAAUGGAGGGGACUUCAUGUGUGAUUGUCCACCUUCGUAUGGGGGCAAGACCUGCGACAACUUAGUGUCUCCGUGUCAUCCUGACCCUUGCACCAAUGGAGGAACAUGCUAUGAUAUCAACUUAAGAACAGAAUUCUACUGCGCAUGUGCGUCUGGAUUUAAAGGGAUACGAUGUGAAGAAGAAAAAGAUGUUCCACUUACGACAGAAUCCAUGAAUGUAACGUUAUCAUCAUCGACAAUCAGUACAAAUACAACGGGCGCAGGGAGACAGCUGUCUUCAAAUGUUUUCCUUAUAUUGGGAACUUUAAUUUCAGUAAUACUCUUCAAAUCCAAACAAUUGUGAGGAUAUUUGAAGGGGGCAACAUGCAUCUCCCAGUAAAAAACAACAACAACAACAUCAAUCUAAACGUUGAAUUGAUUGUAUCUGACUGUACUGAUUGGCAAUUAAGUCUGUUAGUUUGUAAGAUCAAUCUGUUAAAACAUUAAUAUCAUCAAAUUCAUUUUCUUAUAUAGGUUUACUCUGUUAUGCAUUUUCAAAAUCUAUCAAACUUCUACUGAACAUAGUACAUUUAAGUUUCAGAUUUGUGCAAUAUGUCUUUAUAGAAGCCGUUUAAGUUGAAUAACCAUGUUGAUGUUUUUGUUGCAUAAUCAAACACUUUUAGAGUAAAUGUGUCAUCCUUUUAUAACCAGCACUUUUGUACAAGCAGAUUAAGAACAAGAACACAAUUAAUCUAUGCUAUUGAGUACCGACGUGUGACGUCACUUUUUGCAUAUCAGCGUUUUUGUGUACCAUAUUUUGGUAGAGCAUGGUGAAAUACUUCCACAACCCAUAUCUAGUAGG